CUAUCCUUGGACAAAACCGCAAAUUAACCAGUUGAACCAACCAGAGAUGGCUCCGAAGGUCCCCUACUUGACAUGUCUGCUUCUUUUGCUGUCAUCUUGCUCCCAUGUAUCAGAGGCCAAAUAUUCCACUACUGCUCAUCACCAUCAUCAUAUAGAAAACGGACUUUCAUGGAGUUUCUACGAAUCAAGCUGCCCAAAGUUGGAAUCCAUCAUCCGAGACCACCUCAGGGAAGUGUUCCAGGACGACAUCGGCCAAGCUGCGGGCUUGCUCCGCGUUCACUUCCACGACUGCUUUGUUCAGGGAUGUGACGCUUCAGUGCUGCUGGCUGGAUCGGCGAACAGUCCUAGCGAGCAGGAGGCUCCGCCCAACCUGACUCUCCGGCGGGAAGCUUUGAAGAUCAUCGAGGAUCUCCGGGAACUCGUCCACAAGAAGUGUGGCAUGGUCGUGUCUUGUGCAGACAUCACGGCCAUUGCUGCCCGCGACUCAGUUUACUUGUCAGGUGGCCCCGAAUACAAUGUCCCCCUGGGGAGGAGGGAUAGCCUCAACUUUGCCACUAGGGAAACGGUCUUGGCCAACAUUCCGGCACCAACCUCCAACACCUCCUUCCUCCUCUCCUCGCUUGCCGGCAAGAACUUCGACGCCACAGACGUGGUGGCCCUCUCCGGCGGCCACACCAUCGGGCGAGGCCACUGCGCCGCCUUCACCAACAGACUCUACCCGGAUCAAGACCCAACCAUGGCCAAAAAUUUUGCCAAGAAGCUCAAAACCAUAUGCCCGGAAGAAAAUGCUUCCAACAGCACCACGACGGAUCUGGACGUUAGAACACCGGACGGGUUCGACAACAAGUACUACGUGAAUCUGGUCCACAGGCAGGGGCUCUUCACCUCCGACCAGGACCUGUACACGGAGGAGAGGACUCGGGAGAUCGUGGAGAGCUUCGCCGACGACGAGGCUUUGUUCUUCGACAAGUUCGUGGCGGCUAUGCUGAAGAUGGGGCAGCUGAGCGUUCUGACGGGAAAAGAGGGCGAGAUUCGGGCCAAGUGCUCGGUGAGGAAUGAGGAGCUGAAAUCUGUUGUGGAAGAUGAGGAGGCGCGAGAUGAAUUGUAGUAGAGAAUGUUGGUGUUUGGAGUUGGAUUAAUUACUUAGAGAUAUUAAUCUCCAUAUUAUUAGUUGUUGAUUUCUCCUCUAUGUGGUCCUUCCUUCAUCCGUCGUUCUCUUUUAUUUUUUAGGCCGACUUCUCCACCUGUCAUUCCUUCAGAAUGGUAGUUGGAUAUGGGUAACUUAUAUAUGGAAGAUGAUAAAUAACAUUGAAUAUUAUAUCUUUGGCA